GGGAGGCUUCUGCCCCUAACAAAGAUGGCCGCCUUCUCUGUCCCACCCCGCCCUUUGGCUGAUAUCAAAUACUAGACUAUCUUUCACUUCCGGGUCACUGUAGACGCGAUGGCGCCGAUUCCGAAGGCUGUGGAGAGGAUCAAGCUAGACUGCCCUCUGCGGCCCAGUUGCCCACUGGAGGUCGCUGCUGUACCCAAACUUUGCAAGGAAUUUGGUCCAGAGGAUUACCGCGAAGAGGACAUAGUGGAUUUUCUUCGACGGCUUGUGGAGAGUGAUCCCCAGGGCCUGCACCGGAUCCAUGUGGAUGGGAGCAGCGGGCGGCUGCAGCUGUGGCACCAUGAUUACCUCCUGGGCCACUUGGAUGAUGAAGGGAAAUCAACUCGACAGAGUGACAGGGGCAAGGGGGCUGAGGGACUGGGCACCUACUGUGGUCUCCGCAAGUCCUUUCUGUAUCCUCCCCAAGAGUCUGAGCCCUGCCCUCAAAGCCCUUCUGCCUCUGCCACCUUCCCCAGUGUCUCAGACAGCCUGCUUCAGGUGGCCAUGCCCCAGAAGCUCCUGGUGACAGAAGAGGAAGCCAACCGCCUGGCUGAGGAGCUGGUGGCUGAGGAGGAGCGCAUGAAACAGAAAGCAGAGAAGAAGCGACUUAAGAAGAAGCGUCAAAAGGAACGAAAGCGACAGGAGCGUUUGGAGCAGUACUGUGGGGAGCCCAAGGCCAGCACUACCUCAGAUGGGGAUGAGAGCCCCCCAUCCAGCCCUGGAAACCCAGUUCAGGGACAGUGUGGUGAAGAAGAGGACUCACUGGAUCUGUCUAGCACUUUUGUGUCUCUGGCUUUGCGCAAGGUUGGCGAUUGGCCCCUCAGUGCCCGCAGAGAGAAGGGACUGAAUCAGGAGCCCCAAGGCAGGGGCCUGCCCCUCCAGAAGAUGGGUCAAAAGGAAGAGAGCCCUCCAAGAAAGGAGAGGCCCCAGCAGAGUCCAAAAGCACAGGAGAAGGAUUUGGGGAGGCUGAGACCUCAAGGCCUGCUUGACUUUGCACCCUAUCCCCAGGCAUCUCCGGGACUGCUGGCAGCUGCCUUACAACAGAGCCAGGAAUUGGCAAAGUUGGGUACCAGCUUUGCUCAAAAUGGUUUCUACCAUGAGGCCGUGGUCCUCUUCACCCAGGCCUUGAAGCUCAACCCCCAGGACCACCGGUUAUUUGGAAAUCGUUCCUUUUGCCAUGAGCGGCUGGGUCAGCCAGUGUGGGCCCUGGCUGAUGCCCAGGUGGCCCUUACCCUACGGCCUGGCUGGCCCCGGGGCCUCUUCCGCCUGGGCAAGGCCUUGAUGGGACUACAGCGCUUCAGAGAGGCAGCUGCUGUGUUUCAGGAGACUCUGAGAGGUGGGUCCCAGCCUGACGCAGCCCGAGAGCUCCGCUCUUGCCUUCUCCAACUCACACUGGGGUCUGACCCAAUAGCCUGAGUUGUGAGUUCCCAGGACUGGAAAGUAGAGUGACCAACCAUCCUGGUUUUCCUGGAACCGAGGGAUGUCCUGGAAUGAGGGACUUUCAGUGCCAAAACUUGGAAAAUGCUGGGCAGAUGGAAAAGAGUUGAUCACUCUACUGGAAAUGUUCCAGAGAGGCAUUAUUUAGAAGGUAUGAAGGGAGUACUGAGGGGGCAAUGCAGUUGCAAAGAGUUUUUUUUGCAUAUGCAUAAUGGCUGACAGAUUCUUAGCUCUACACCAGUGGUCACUGUCUGUUUCCAUGUUGCCAUUUUUCUUCCAGUUGCCGACAUUUGCUAGGUUGUCAUUGACUCAUGCAAUCCUUAAUCCCUGGGGCAAUCACAGAUUCCUCUUCUGUGACCACCUCCCAGCCCCACCUCAAGUCUGGCCCUGAGUUCUCUCUGCUGUUACCUUCUGCAGUGGCCAGAGAUAUACUCCCUUCCUCAGGUCUCUAUCAGUCUCUGAUCCACCCUGCGCCCACAGCCAGAUUGGCCUACCCUAAACAAUGGUCUCAUGUCUCUCUCUCAAACCUCCAGGGACCAUGCUCUAAAGUACAAUGCCUAAGUUCCUACCUGUGGCCCUUUCUCCUCCCCUCUCUCUGUAAAUCCUUUGCUUCUUUCCUUUAGGAUCAGUCACCUUUAUAGAGAUCAAGAGCAUGGGCUCCUGAAUCGGACAAGCAAACAACUCAGUCCCUGUGCUACCACUUACAAAUUGUGACCUGGCCAAGUUUCCUCAGGGUUCUGUGAUUCAGUCUCCUUAUCCUUAAAAUGGGAAGAAAAUUCUCUGUCCCGUUGGGUUAUUUUAAGGAUUAAUACCUGCAAAGCACUUGGAACUGCUUAAUAAAUGGUAGUUAAUUGUCUGAAAAUGCCAGGUUCCCUUCUGCCUUCCAGCCUUGUUCACUCCCCAAGGAAUAUCCUCUCUUGGGCCCUCCACCUGCAGCUAAGGCCCUAGCUGACCCCCCUUGAACCCAUGGAGCUUCCUUGAAAGUGGGGUUGUCACACUUAGGCAGAGGCAGGAGAAAGUCUGAAGAGAGCUGGAGGACUGACAGGAGAGAAGGGAAGCAGGAAAGACACCUGAGCUUGGUCUGUAGAUUGGCUGGGACCAUUGGGGAGGGGAAGGCUUGCAACUACUGAGCGUUCCCCCUCCUCUCCCCUCAUACUGCAGGAGGGUGAUUAUCACCAGUGGAAUUAAUGAAUGUCAGAAAUGUCCACUGGCUGAGUUACGCUGGAAUCCCUACCAGGCAAGGCCACUACUCCAAGCUUCACCCCAGGGGGCCAGGCCUUUCCAUCCUCUGGCUGCUGGCACCAUCAUAGUGGGAACAUUUCCAGCCCAGGGGCCUGGCAGAGGUCUUCCAGGUAGGGGUGUGGCCUCUCUGGGCACCCAUCUCUUUGCCUGUGUCCCAGCGGAGGGUUCUUUUGGCAGGAUGGGGAAAGGGUCAGGCACCCGUUAACAAAUGACCUAUGGGUAGGGAAGCAAUGUCAUCACUCUGGGGCCAACCUAGGGAUUAGAAUCAAGGUCCCCCAGGCACAGAGUAGGUGGGCCAAGACCCCACUGUCUUUCACUUAGGCCCGGUGACUUCCCCUUGGUAGACUGGUAAGCAUCAGCUCUGAAGGCUGGCUGGAUGCUGGGUCCAAAACCUGACCUUGGGGUUCUUACUUUGUAAAAAUGGCGUAAUUAUUACCUACCUUAAGGGUUGCUAUAAGGGCUAAAGGAAACAUUGCAUUGAAAGCCCUGGCACAGUGCCAAGUGCAGACUCUCCAUAGCACUUUACAGAUUUUACUGUUCUUUGCUCAUGACGGGCGUCUGAAUAGAGGCAUGGUGCGGCAGAGUCUCGACUUUAUUCUAAAAUAUUGGGAAAGGUAGCCUGGACAACAUAGCGGGACCUACUCUCUAAAAAAAAGUUUUG